AUGUAUUUCGACGCCCUCCCCAACGAGAUCCUCACACAUGUCUAUCUGUCUCUACCCAACAUCGCCUCUGCCAUCGCUCUUUCCGCGACAAGCCAUCGUCUCUACAGUGUCUAUCACUCCUCGAAGAAGCUAGUCAUCUUGCAAGACGCCGCAGACGCUGAGGUGGGACCCGUCGACGACAUCGUUCAGCUUCUGACGCAGAAUGCUUCUCAACCAGCACAUAUACGUCGACGUGUUCUCAUGUCAGAAGCUCUAUUGCACCAGGUCGUCAAAGUAGGACGCGUGGCUCAACAGUAUGAAGAGAUAUACCCGCUCAAGAAAUGGAAGACGGAUUACGCAAACAGACGACUGUUGACAACCGAGGAGCGUUACAAUCUCCGGCGCGCGAUCUACCGCCUGUGGCUGUACGACAAGGCUUUUCACAACUCGGCCCACGUCCGCACGUGUCGUGGUCUCCCGGAGAUCGUGCGCGAGCGAGCCGCCCUAUUACACAACUUCUCCACCAGCGAACUGGCGGAGAUGAUGGACGUGCACAUCGUCUUGCGCGACAUGGUUGCCAAUAAUGUCUGUCCCUCCAAUGGCAAGAUCAGACAGAAGUUCCAGAAACGAUUUCCAGAGAGCAAACAUCAACUGCCAUUCAACAUCCACCUCAACUAUCCUCCGACUCCCUCGACUUUCGUACCGGACAGCUGGUACCACAAUUCCUCGUUCGGAUCAGCCAGGUACCAAUCGCGCUUGGCGCCGUCCCGCUGGCAUGAACCCGGUGCCGAAGGCUGGGGAGACGACAUCAGCCAUUACUACGUCAUCGAAGACAUGAUGAAGCUCGAUCCAGAACAGUUACUAUAUCUGCGCGAUCAGUGUCCGCUCAAAGCCCAGGUCGAAGCCCAUGUGCGAGGUCUGGGAGACUGGUUUUCCAACAAUGGCGAGACGUUCUCGGAGACGUUGGGUUAUGUGAUUAGACAGAGGAAUCGCGAUUUGGAGGAGCUCAAGAUGGCCAUUGAAGACUAUGAAGUCGGCGUGGCUGUGGUAGAUGAUUGA